AUGGCCGAAGUUAAACAAGGGGAUCAAUUCCCAAAGGAUGUUGAACUUUCUUACAUUCCAAUUGACAUUUCUAAUCUUGAAUUGCUCGAUCCAUUAGCAUGUCAAAGGCCAAUUAAUCUUAAAUUAGAUUCCUUAUUUGGGGUCGAAGGUAAGAUAGUCAUUGUUGCUGUUCCUGGUGCAUUUACUCCUACUUGUACUGAAAAUCAUAUCCCUCCUUUUAUUACUCAUUUGGCCCAAUUGAAAGAGAAACUUGAUGUAAAUCACAUUUUAAUCAUUAGCACUAAUGAUGCUUUUGUUAAUAAUGCUUGGGGUAAAUUAUUAUUAAAGCAAGGUUUAAGAGGUGUUAAGAUUGAUGGUGAAGUCCCAAAGGUCUAUUUUGCUAGUGAUACUAAAGGUUCUUUCAGUCAACCUCUUGGUUUAUUCAAUGCUGAGGCUGACAGAACUAAAAGAUACGCCCUUAUUGUUGAUCAAAAGACCGCUAAGUUUGACUAUGUGGGUGUUGAAGUUGAACGAGGUGUUAAAUUCAGUGGAAUUGAUGCUGUUUUAUCAGCUAGGUUAUAA